AUGGAAACAGAUGCAUCUUCCACAGGAAUUGGAGCUGUUCUUAUGCAAGAACAAAGGGCCAUCGAAUUUUUCAGUGAGAAAUUAUCCCCUACCCAUCAAUUGUGGUCCGCGUACAAGCAAGAAUUGUAUGCAAUUAAAUCUCCUUAUGCGUUCCACCAUAAAGCUGGAAAAUACAACAAAGUGGCGGACGCUCUCAGCCGUAAGACAUAUCUUCUCAAUAAAUUGCAACUUGAGGUUGUGGUGUUUUCAGCACUAAGGGACCAAUAUUCAGACGAUCCAGAUCUCGAUCACAUUUGGCAAAGAUGUUAUUUGCAGGAAGCAGCAAGGGAUUUCCACAUUUAUAACCGAUAUCUUUUUAAAGGUUUGCAGCUUUGUAUCCCUCGGAGCUCUCUUCGCCUUCAACUUAUUCAAGAACUUCAUGGCGAUGGCCUAGCUGCUCACACUGGCCAGGACAAAACUAUCUCCUUGCUUGAGGAAUGA